AUGACAAAUAACAAUACAAAUGAAUCUAUUCGUGAACAAGUUAACGUUCAAGUUACAACUACAACUCCAUCAAUUCCAUCAAUUUCUUCGAGUCAACCAAUUGAAGGUACCAAUUCUGAAGAAGUGAGUAGGGGUGAACUUCCUAAUGAUUCAAUCAUAUCAAAAAAUCGGCGAAAAACAUCAGCAGUGUGGAAUGAUUUUGAAGAAAUUGAACUUGAUAAUGGUACAAAGAAAGCAAUGUGCUUGUAUUGUAAGGAUAAGUUAUCUACUGGUGGAAGGGGGGCAAGCACUAGCCAUCUUAAGAGGCACUCAGAGAUUUGCUUGCAGAAAAAGUUGCAUAUCUCUCGAGAAAAUAAGCAAACAACGCUACAAUUUCGCCCGCCUACUGAAUCUGGAGGAAAUCCUUUCAUUAUUCCUGGUGGUAAAUACUCCAAUGAAAAGAUGAGAGAGAUUAUUGCUAGUGCAAUCAUGGUGCAUGAGCGACCAUUUAGCAUCGUAGAGGAUGAAGUGUUCAUGUGGGCUUUUGAAUAUGCAAAUUCAAAUUUCAAAAAGGUCACUCGUAAAACAGCAAGAAGUGAUUGUUUGCAAUUGUAUGAAGCUGAAAAGAAUACUUUGAAAAAGAUUUUGAGUAAUGUGAGUAAGGUUAGCAUUACAACAGACAUGUGGAAGUCAAGUCACCAAGUGGUUGAGUACAUGGUUAUAACGGGUCAUUUUGUUGAUGUAAGUUGGAAUCUUCAGAAGAGAGUUUUGAGUUUUGUCAAAGUGCCUCCUCCUCGACGCGGAACAGAUAUAGCAAAUGCUAUUUUUAAGUGUUUGAGAGGAUGGGGUAUUGAGAAUAAAAUAUUCUCAGUAACCGUUGACAAUGCAUCUUACAAUGACUCUUGUGUAAGAAGUUUGAAAGAAAAUAUGUCAUUGAGCAGUAAGAUGGUACUUGAUGGACAAUUAUUCCAUGUUAGAUGUUGUGCUCACAUUCUGAAUUUGUUGGUGCAAGAUGGCCUUAGCACUAUUAAAGAUGUCAUUCUCAAUGUUCGUGAAAGUGUCAAGUUCAUAAAUUCUUCAGAUGCAAGGCUAAAAUCAUUUCAUGAAGUUGUUGAAUUAAAAGGAUUGAAAGAGAGGAAACUUGUUCUUGAUUGUCCAACAAGAUGGAACUCUACAUACUUGAUGUUGUGUACUGCGGCUAAAUUUAAACAUGCCUUUGCAGAUUACAAUGAAAAAGAAUCACAUUAUAAGUAUGCACCAUCAUUUGAGGAUUGGGACAAGAUUGAGAAGGUUUGUCAACUUUUGGAGGUUUUUAACGAUGCCACACAUGUCAUAUCAGGUAGUCAUUACCCUACUUCUAACUUGUAUCUUGCUGAAAUUCAAAGGGUGAAAAAGGCUAUUGAUAAUGCAGCUGAGUCUUUUGAUAUAUUCAUGAGUGAGAUGGCAAUAUCUAUGAAAGCAAAAUUUGAUAAAUAUUGGGGGGAAUAUCCAAGGAUGAAGUUGCUAAUGUCUAUUGCAUGUGUUUUAGAUCCAAGGAUGAAGUUAAAUGGUAUUAUUGCAUGUGUUUUAGAUCCAAGGAUGAAGUUAAAUGGUAUUAAGAUAACUUUUCCCUUGUUGUAUAAAACACAAAGUGAUGUUGAAAAGAAUGUGGAAAGGGUGAAAAGGGCAUUAGAAGAAUUAUAUCUUGAUUAUGUGAACUUAUUUAGUCAAGAUGCUUCCUCUACUAGUGGACAUAGUGAAUUCAAUGUUGAAAGCACCACUGCGAUUCAUGGUGUACAGCAAAUGGAUAAAGGGAUGCAAGAGAUAUUGACUAUGGUCCACCGAAGUCAAUCAAUUCCUCUUACAAAAUCAGAGUUGGAGACUUAUCUUGAGGAAAAUCUUGUUAUUCAUUCUUGUUCUUCUUCAUCUUUUUGUGUCUUGGGGUGGUGGAAAAAUAAUAGUUUAAAGUUCAAAGUUUUGUCAAAGAUGGCUGCUGAUAUACUAGCUGUUCCUAUUUCAAGUGUGGCAUCUGAAUCCACAUUUAGUGCCGGGGGCAGGGUGAUUGAUGAAUAUCGUGCUAGCUUAAAUGAACAAUCUAUUGAAGCUCUUAUUUGUGGUGGGGAUUGGCUUCGUAACAAGUAUGGGCUGAAGAAAAAAGCAAAGGAGGAUUCUGGACAAGAGGAGAUUAUGCUUAAGCCGUGA